UGUGAUCCACAGGAGCUGGAGGCAUUCGCGGAGCGCUUCAAGCAGCGUCGAAUAAAGCUCGGCGUGACACAGGCAGACGUCGGGAAGGCUUUGGGACGUCUCAACCUGGCUGGCGUUGGGUCCUUUUCGCAGUCUACUAUUUGUCGUUUUGAGUCUCUCACUCUCAGUCACAACAAUAUGCUUGCACUGAAACCCAUCCUGCAGGCCUGGCUUGACGAAGCUGAACAGGAGGCAGCAGUGCGUCAAAAGAACCCAAGCGCCUUCGAGAUGGAGGAUGAGGACAAGAAACGCAAGCGCACCUCCAUCACUGACCCCGAGAAGCGCUCCCUUGAGGCCUUUUUCGGCAUCCAACCUCGACCGUCUAGCGAAAAGAUUGCUCAAAUAGCGGAAAAGUUGAACUUGAAGAAAAACGUGGUCAGAGUGUGGUUUUGCAACCAGCGACAGAAGCAGAAGCGUAUGAAAUUCUCGACGGCUGGCCUUCUCCACCAGGUUAAUGGAAUUUAA